UGUACCUAAAUGUUUCUUUUUUUUAAUAGGGAAUAUACUAAAAAUAUUAAAGUUUUAGAUUCAGGUAUUGAGAGAUGUGUUGGUAUUAUUGAUAAAUUCUUUGGAAGUGAUGAAAAAACUGCUUAUAUUUUUACAUCUGAUCAUGGUAUGACCAACUGGGGCUCACAUGGCUCUGGAGAGACUGAUGAAACAUACACACCCUUAAUAGCUUGGGGAGCUGGAAUAAGAGGACCUCUUGGUGAAGGAAAAGAUUUUUAUCAUGAUGGCCUUUCAGCAGAAUGGAAACUCUCCCAAGUUAAAAGAGUUGAUGUUAAUCAAGUUGACAUAGCUCCCUUUAUCUCUGCAUUAAUUGGCAUUUCAUUUCCUGUUAACUCUAUG